AUGUGCUGCCCAGACUGCUGUCGGGCUGCCGAUUACGGUACGCACGAAUUCUGUCUAGACUGUGACGUCAACCCUGGAUGCACCAAGUCCCUCCACCACGUCUCCUACGACUACGAUGACGACUACUCCCGCCCCUACGACAGCCUUCAUCACGGCUUCACCUAUCCGUACAGCCGGUACAGUCACCACCAGCGUCAUCCCUCCGGUAGCCCUCCCGGCCGCUCCUUCGACUCGGAUGACUACUACUACGCUAGGGACAAGGACGGGGACGUCGUCAUGAGUAGCAGCAGCGACAACAUCAAGGACGGCAGCAAGGACAGCGACGACAUCGAGGACGACGAUGACGAUGGCAGCAUCAACGACAAGCACGAGGACGAGAAUAUGAGUGAAAAGUCUCCCAGCUCAAAUACCAAGAACGGCAAACAGCCAUCACACACUCAGACUACUCAGACUAUUCAGAUUACUCAGGCUACUCAGGCUACUCAGGCUACUCAGACUACUCAGCAGACGCAAGAUGACAAGUCUCAAUCAGAAGAGAAACAGAAAUCUGACCAGCCUCGGCCGAAGAAGUAA